AUGGCCAUGGCUGAGCCGCCACGACCUGGUUGGGCCUUGUAUCACAACUCCAACACCAACAACUGCUAGGACCUGGGCAACUCCAUCCUGCUGCUGCUGGGUCUUAUCAUCUGCAUUAACAUUGGCAUCAAUAUGGUGAUGCUGCUCUGGCACAAACUCUGUGGCUUCUUACACCGAGUGUUCUGUAUUGUUUGUGAAAAAGAAGUUUCUCGGUCGUCCUUGCCCGGAAAGCAGCCCCCAAAGCAAAACUCUCACCUUCAAUGCACCAUGGACCCUGUGAAAAUGAUGGUGACCCCCCUGCCCAGGCACCACCACUGCCAUCGAGGCUCUUCAGCAUACCCUGCCCUCCACCCAACAUGCUGGACCCCUGACACUGACAAUGAGAAGCCCCCACACCAUCACCCAGCAGUAUGCUCCCACAACUGGGGUCACCCUGCAGCCCGGGAAGGCUUCCUCUCUGCUCAGGAGUUCUGGGCUCCUUUGGCCACAGACACCACACAGCCAUCUCCUCGGACCAUCCGCUUCCAGCAGACUGCAGAGGGAAGCCCCCUCAAAGGAAAGAUGAGGUCCGAGCUGGGCCUAGAGGCCUAUGUGGACCCAGUGAACCCUCCGUCCCCGAGCCCUCAGGUCCUGAGCCACAGGAACAGUGCUGGGGACACAGGGGCUGAGGCUAAGCAAGAGCAGUGCUCACCAGCCCCACCAGCUCCAACACCCAUCUGGGGCCCUACAAAUGUCCUGGACAUCCCCUGGCACUGCUCCUCAGGCCGCACAGCCUAUGAUGCCCAAGACGUGAGGUGGCGGCUUCGGGAGCUGGCCCGGGAGGUGGAGGCCCUGUCCUACUGUUACCCCCUGUCCUUCAGAUCCAGCACUGCCGAGGGGAUGGGCAAGGACUGGGGGCACCGUUCUCGGCCAGAAUGGUGA